AUGAGUCUGAUCAGCUGGAAUGUGGGCGGGCUUGGGAACCCGUCCACAUUCAAUGCCCUUAAGAAAUUAUUAAGGGUCCAAGAUCCCGACUUUGUAUUCCUUAUGGAGACAAAGAAGAAGAAGCAGGUGAUGGAAAGGGUAUGUAGUAAACUGGGUUAUGCUAACUGUAGAGCUGUGGAACGAACUGGGAAGCAGGGUGGUGGUCUGGUUUUCUUUUGGAAGGAUAAUAUGAAUGUUUCUGUAAUUGAUGCUACAACAGGCUUCAUUGAUGUGUUAGCUCUGAUUGAAGGCAAGCAGGUGAGAUUGACUGGGUUUUAUGGUAGUCCGGAAACUGGAGAGAGGCGUCAUUCAUGGGAAGCGCUCCGACGUCUCUCACAUUUAUAUCCUCAUGUUGCAUGGUUCGUGUUUGGAGAUUUCAAUGAGAUCCUUAAAUGUGAGGAGAAAUGUGGAGGCAGAUUGCGACCAGCUGUUCAAAUGGAUAACUUCAUUCGGGUGAUCAACGAUUGUUCCUUGCAGGAGAUGGAAUUCUCCGGUACGAUGUUCACGUGGAGUAACGGAAGAGUACAUGAAAGACUAGAUCGGGGAUUUAUGGAUACUAUGGCCGCUGAUGAAUUCCCUCGAGCUCAUGAGUUCCAUGUGGAGGUGGGAGCGAGUGAUCACUUGCCUUUAGUUUUUGAUUUGGAAGGGACUGGUCUACAGAGGAAAGUUGGGGGAAAGAGACGUUUUAUGUUUGAGAAUUUUUGGGUUAAGGAGCAGAGGUGUGGGGAUAUUGUGAAGGAGGUGUGGGAGAAUCAAUCUAUGGUGGACAACAACCUCUUGGGUAAAAUCACUAAAUGUGCCAAGGAGUUAUCUUUUUGGAAUAAAACAGUCAUCGGGCAUGUCCCUAGAAAAAUUGCCGAACUUAAAGCCUCUCUACAGCAGUUUCCAAUUGAUGUGCAAAGUGACCAUGAUAGAAAACAACGUGCUGUGAUUAAAACAGAAUUGGAAAAGUAUGCCGAGGAGGAAAGUAUGUGGAAGUAA